AUGUACCCAUCACUCAAGACCAAAGAUCUCACUGAGAAACUGUUCCCGAACAACGAUCAAAGCCAUGAACAAGAACAACAAUCAACCACUUUUGAAUCUUCAGAGGAAGUUGUAAUCAAAAUCCCCAAAACAACAAUCCAUUUGGUUCCAAUUUCGAUGUCGCAACUGGAGCAUCGGGCGUUUACACCGAAGGAAGACGAGACGGUUCUUAGAGCUCAUGCGAGGUUUGUGUCGGGUUUUUGCUUCAAUCUGAGUAGUCCGUCGAGAUUUGACGUCAGUGAUUCCAACGUUCAUGUUUAUUGGCCAGUGACAAGAUCUGCCACACCGGUUAAGGAUCCGUUGACGUCGUUGAGUCUAUCGGUUCCUGUAUCCGAAUCAUUUGAAGCUUCAUCGAUGUCGGCGACAGUGGCACAUCCUCCGCGAAAAUGGCGAUUUCGACGGCAAAGCAACAACUUCAUGUAUCCCGACUACCGAUUAAGCAACCAUACAAGGUGCUUCUGCCAUUUAGUGCGGAUUUUUUAUCGGUGA